AGUAGAUAGGGAAAGCCCCGCCUCCCGCGGGCGCUGCGGGGGAGGCCUGGCGGCCGGGAGGCGACAGCGGUGCGGCGGCGCCGAGCGGAGCGGAGCCGGAGCCAGUGCCCUUCUGCCCACUUGGAAGUGCAACUGGUAUGGGUAAUGGUGUGAGAAAAGGUCAAGUGGAUAUCAAAGGGCAGGAUGUGGAGCCAACUGCAUCAGCUCAUCUUCCAGCAGAGGGUGUCCAGGAGCAGAAGAAAGUACUUAACUCCCUGAUGUCUGGUGCACUGGCUGGUGCUGUUGCCAAAACUGCAGUAGCUCCACUGGAUAGAACAAAAAUCAUGUUUCAGGUGUCUUCAAAAAGAUUUUCUGCCAAGGAAGCCUACAGGCUGAUUUAUCGCACCUACCUCAACGAGGGCUUCUGGAGUCUCUGGAGGGGGAACUCAGCCACCAUGGUGCGCGUGAUCCCUUAUGCUGCCAUUCAGUUCUGCGCACACGAGGAGUACAAGCAGCUCCUGGGGAGCUACUACGGCUUCCAGGGAAAAGCGCUGACACCCUUUCCUCGAUUCAUUGCUGGCUCUCUGGCAGGCACAACGGCUGCCAUGUUAACCUACCCCUUGGAUAUGGUCCGUGCUCGAAUGGCUGUCACGCCGAAGGAGAUGUACAGCAAUAUUGUUCAUGUCUUCAUCCGAAUAUCCCGAGAGGAAGGAUUGAAAACACUGUAUAGGGGAUUUACACCAACCAUCCUUGGAGUGAUUCCGUAUGCCGGGCUUAGCUUUUUCACCUAUGAGACGCUGAAGAAACUGCAUGCAGAUCACAGUGGGAAAUCACAGCCAUCCCCUCCGGAGCGGCUUCUGUUCGGUGCCUGUGCAGGUUUGAUCGGUCAGUCGGCUUCUUACCCCCUGGAUGUGGUUCGCCGGCGAAUGCAGACAGCGGGGGUUAUGGGACACACAUACAGUUCCAUCCUUCUCACCAUGCAGGAGAUUAUAAGAGAAGAGGGACUAAUCCGUGGUUUGUACAAAGGACUCAGCAUGAAUUGGGUCAAAGGUCCGAUUGCAGUGGGAAUAAGCUUCACAACCUUUGACCUGACGCAGAUCCUUCUCCGUAAAUUACAGCACAGCACUAAUGUUGAAAGGUAGUAGCUUAAUCCCCACAGCCCUCGCUGGAGAAAAGUACAACACGUGUAGAAAGAGCAAUGCUAGCAUUCCCUCACUCUGUACGUGCUCUCCCGCAGCUGAGAACUCACCUUUCUUCUUUGUUUGUUUGUUGUCGUUUGGUUUUCUUUUGUUUUUAAUGAGCCUCUGUGUUGUUUUGAAACCUCAACCCACAACUAAACCCUUUCCUAAGUGAAAUCCUUUCCGCCGCUCCGCAGAACGGUGUGUCCUCUACAAAAGCUGCCUCGUCCUCCUGCCUUGUCCUUUGAUGCUGGGAGUGGAGCCUCUCAAACAAACAACAGCGCUGCUGCGCUCCACGUCUGCUCUCUGGGUAGAUGGAGUGGGGAUGAGAGAGAGACAGAGAGAGACAGGACUCAGUGCUGUUUGAAUGAGCUCCUGAAUGUGGGAAGUGAGCACAGCUCCUGGAAGGCGGUUCUUACUGUGCGCUGCUGGAGGCAGUUUGCCAAGUGCAAUAUUCCAGUUAAUCUGUUGGGAAUUCCACGUUCCAAUGACCUGCGAGCACUGAGCUCUGUAAAACAGGACACAGCAGGAUUGAACAGGUCCGGGUCACUUCUUUUCUUCUGGAAGCUGUUUGUGUGAGCUCUGGUUGGAAGCUCUGCCCCUUUUCAGAUGUUCUUUUUCAUUUCUGGGUUGAGUUGUAUUAAAUCUCCCUUGCGUGCAGCGUUCCCCUGAGGUUACCAAAGACUGUAGGCAGCAGGGGAGGAAAGUUCUGAGCAGUUUUGUAUAUCAAAUUCUCAUCUUUGUUGUCAGUGUCAUUGAUGGGGGCUGUGCCUGGAAUCACAGACUGGAUUGGAUCAAACCACAGUAGUGCUUUCAGGUCUUCAGAACCCUUCUAUUGUCAUCGUGGUCCUAAAGGCAGCUGUUCUCCGAGGGAUCUGGCAGGCUGUAGUGCCCUAAAGUAAGAAAAGGAACUGCUGCAUGGCUUCAACUUCCAGCAGUUAUAUCCUUCAGUAUUAUCACUGCACGUCGCAGGAACAAACGUCUCAAAGAUGCACAUGUGAUGCAAGUUGAGCUGCACCCAAAGGCUGUUUGGAUGCAGUCUGAUGGCCCUGCUUCCCUACAACCUCACUGUCCUUUGGUGCCUGCUGUGUUCUUAGUUCAUACCCAAACCCAUUAGCUUUCAAUCCUCGAGUUCUUCCAGAUGGUGUCCUCAGGCUCCACAGUCGGUACCGACCCCUUGAAACCUACGUCUAGUGCCAAUCAUUUCCAUUUGCAAUUUGAAAAUGAACUGCAGAGCACCUUUCAUUGUUUCUAUUUCCAGUCAGGCUUUGGAGAAGUGGAGAUCUGAAGGUGGCUUUGUUUUAUGUCCUGUUCCAGUAUUAAAUUUGGAGUGCGAGAGGUCACAACAAGCUUUAGAGUUCUCUGGGAAUCCCAUUCCACAAGCCAAGAUGAAAAAUCCCUUUCCAGCUGAUACAGCCCAUGUAGAGGGGAGAUAACGUAUAGAAGAAAAAUAAGGCAUCAUUUAAAAGCUGUCCUUCUCUGGUGUAUAUAUUUUAGUCACUGUAGUUUGAGCCUCAUGUCACGGCUUUAUUAAUGGGAAUGGAGGUAAUUGCACAACUGGUAGGAAUAGCUUUUUCCUUUCUUUUGUCUUUGCACUUGUUCUUGGGAGCAUAACUCGCUUCUAAUGCCAAAUAUUUCCCUAGGAACUGAGCACUUGUGCUUCCAUUUGGUGGAUGUGGCAGGCAGCAUCCUGCAGUGUUAGUGUGCACGUUGAUUCCAGAACACAGGGAUCGACUCUGCUGUUAUGAUUGUGGAUGGGCAGGGUAUGAACCUCAGUGAUUUCUGCCUCUGAGCCCACCAGUGAUGACUUCCAUUGUGAAACUUGACUGCAGUCACCACCUGACCUUGUAAUUAAAUGUUAGGUGUCGUUAUACGAGUCGUUAGAGAUGAUAACCAUGAGUUCUCUAUCUUCUUACUCUAUUGCCAAUGGAAGAUGAUCAGCUGUUUUCUUCAUUGGGUGAAACGUUCAGUCCUUUGCAAGAGCUCUGAUUUCUUUUCUCCAAUGGAGAAGCCAAUUACUUCUGCUCUUGCUUUGGUCUCACUUGGCCAGGUGAGGGCCAGGCUGGGGCUUCUUAGCAGGAAGGAGGUGCAGACCAGCAGUGAGGAGUGUCAGCAGUGGCUGUUGUAGGUGUGUGCUUUCAUGUCCCACCAUACAUACAGCCCACACUGGGUUCUCACUCAGCUUACAGGUUGCUGGUUCAAAGCACAGCCCUUUCUGCACAGAUGAGUUUUGUAGCAACAGCAGAGGAAGCUGAGCUGUGCUAUCCAAGCUCAGGCAGGCUCCUGUGCUCUGCACUACGGUAUGUGGAUGGGGCAAGCACUGCUUGUCUUAUCUUUGUCUUAUGAGGUGCUGAGUGUCACCGAACCCCUGUGGCAACAGAGGUGGCUUCGUUCUUCCUGGGUACUGACUGAGAAAGGGUUUACACUGCAUGGCUGUCCUCUUGUUUGGGGCUGAAUGGGGGGAGAGAGGCUCGCAGGGCACCUCCUGCUAUGCUGGGCAUGCAGCUGGAGUGUUGGUGAAUGGGAAUCCUAUGGAGGGGAUGGUUUGUGACACCCAGCAGCCUGGCUGGAGCCCAAGGGCUGAGCUGAUGAUGGAGACCUGAAGCAAAGCCCAGCUCAGAAGUGCUGAGCUGAGGGGAGUUGUUCCUUCAUUAGCAGCUACACCUGAUUUUAAUUCAGUGAUCUGUUAGCCAAACACAUCCCUCCAAGUUCUGCAGGCUGAGCACUUAUUGAGAGAGAUCUGAAUUCACUCUGUGAUUGUUUCAGUGCUUUAAAUUCCUUGGGCAAAAGAAUAACUGUGUCACCGCUUCAGGCUGUUCUGAAUAGUUCUUUCUUUUCCCUUGGUUUGAAUGUAGAAGAGGAGAAACAGGGUGUUCCCUUCUCUUAAUCUUUGCAUGAAUUGAGAUACGUUCCAGAUCUCUGUGCUGCCCAGAAUGAAUGGCCCAGGAGCUCUGGGCACAGUGAUUGGGAAGGGGAGGUGCCUGUGUGCCAGCCAAGAGCCAUUCCUUCAGCUCUUAGAAAGAAGACCAGUCUAACAGGAAUAUCCUCCAGUUCCUCUUUUCUUUCAGAUUCAUUUACUACCCCCAAAAUUCAGUUCCUUGCUUUAAUUUUCAAGUCACGCGUCUUACUUUUCUCGAAUGCAUUGCUGCCAAACGUUCACAUUGCUUUUUGGGUUGGUUUUUCCUUCGCCUUUUCUUCCUGCUUCUGCACCUUUAGUUCUGCACUUGCACUUCGAGAAAAUCAGGUCCAAUGAAAUGCAUCUAAAAUGACAAAACUGGAGCUUUGAUAGGGAUCCCCGUAACAGUCCUGCUUACACACAUGGAGGCCUCUGCGUGGGGCAAGAAGGUAAAGGCAUGAAGUGAUGGGGCACAAGGUUUGGGGAAGGAUUUCUUGCCUGGCCUCACGCCUUUCCUUGUCUCACUGCAAAGCAUUGCUGCCCAUCAGCUCCUCUUUGGGCACCUCCAUGCAGUGCUGUGCUCUGUGCAAGCAACAUGGGGAGAGCUUGUGCUGCAGGCAAGGAUAGCAAGGGCACAAAGCGACUCAAAGAUGAGCAUUAUCCAGCCCUUUUCUCCUUGGCUGGUGCAGAGGAGGAGACCUGGGGCUGUGCUGCACAACAGCCUUUGCUAUUGCAGGGCUGGUGCUUCCCACUCCCCUCUUCACCCUGUGAUGGACGCAGGGUGUCCCAGCACUGCUCGCUGCCUGUGUGGUCUAUGCAUCUAUUAACACAAACACUGUUAAAUGCCUUUUGUCCAGACGUGUCCUCACCAUCGGUGUGUGUGCGUGCGUCGAUUUCUGACCCGCUUUUCUUGGAUCUGGAGUUCUAUUUUAUUGCAGUGAAGACACUUUGGUAUAUAAUGUUUAUAUAUUUUAAGAUUUGUGCCAAGAGAGGAUGUAUAUUUAAUAAAAAACUUAAUUGACUUUU